UAAUGGACCAGUCCACACGUUUCAUCAUCGUCAAAGAUGGCGGCGCCCAUGAGUUCUGAAACGGACAGGCAACAGUCACAAUUUUCUGCAAAUUCUGAAAAUCGGUCCCCGGGAUUUUGGCGCUCAUAUGUUUAUAAGGAGGUAGAGGUCACGACAGUUGAUGGGCGGGAACAUCGAGGCUGGGUUCACACUGUUGAUCCUGUUUCUGAGAGUGUGGUCCUUGUCCACUUUGAAGAGGACAGACAGAAGACUGUUGAAAUUGUAAUGGGACAUGCAGUGAAGGGGAUAACUGUUGUCAAUGAGGACAUGGACAGUCACAGAGAAGAGCUAGAUCACAUGUUCGUCACAGCUGAUGACACAAACUUUUCCAAACACGACCUAAGAACCAGGCGUGAUGAUCUGAAGCAGUGGCUGGAGAGAAACCGUCUUCCUGUCAAAGUUUCAGGCAAAGAGGGAGAGCUUCUGAGCAUUUCUGAUGCCUUGGUGAUAGAGCCACCUUAUAGUGCUGAAAGCUGUAGGAGCACAAAUGAGAUCAUCCUGGGUAGAAUACAGGCCCUUAUUCGGUCAAAACCAACAUCAGUACAGUAACAGCAUGUUCUUAAUAGCAUUUAUUUGUGUUGCAUCUCAGCUUCUAGUUACAGCAAUAUUAAAUUCCAUAGUAUUAACAUAUGGUUAGGUCAAACAACUUUGUUUAAGAUUUACAAAUAAGGAACAUUUGUACCAUCAACAUUUCUUGAUGUAACUUAAAUUAAUUAAGCUACAUGUACAAAGAAUCAGACUGGGAACAUCAUAAGGCACAUUCAUUUUCAUCAGCAUCACUGGAAGUUGACACAAAUUGCACAUAUUGAUGACAUGAUACAUUUGCUUUCUUACUCCAAUUUCCACAGAAAACUGUGUUCAGAUUGCUGGGGCCUGUUUACAACAAGCUCACUUUCUUCCUUGCCUUGCAACUAUAUAUUGUUAAAAACUAAAUUUUGUUCAUAUAGAAUACAUUGACUUAUUUGCUGUCUGUGAAUUACCACUAUUACUUAACUAGAAAAAAGUCACAAUGUAACUUUUUGAAUCACAAAUUCACGACUUAUAUGAUUACUUAGUAUGUGAAAUAAGGAGACAAAUCAUUAGUACCUAUUGUAGAGAUUAGGAAAGGUUUGAUAAGAGAUACAUUUUUCAUCUUAUGUAACAUAUACUGUGGAUGUAGUUCUACAGGACAGUGCAUUUCUUAAAAAAAACAAAUCUCAAACUAA